GUUGUGUCAGAGCUGUGAACGGCAGCAGCAGAAGAACAACACGAUUUUUAACAAGGUUUCUCGUUCUGACGGGGCGGAUCAAAGUGUCUCGGAGGAUGUUUCGGAAGCGAUGCAGACGAAUUGGUGUCCGUGCUGCUUUCGAUUUCUGCUGUAUCCGCAUCAGAAGCAGUUGUGGCUUGCGUCGCCAUCGCCGCGUUCGCCUGUGGCGAGCGAAUCGACGCGGAAAGUGACGCAGCUUCGGAAUUAUUUCACGCAGAAGUUGAGCGAAGUGCAGCAGCAGCGCGAAGCGAAGAACGAGACUAGUUGAUGUUCCUUUGUAGUUUUUUUUUAUAAA